AUGUCAGCGGCAGUGUUUUCCAUGUUCCACCACUUCGAUCUUCUUGUGCAGAACUGGCAUCAUCCCAUUGAUGUAUCAGCUCAAUCUCUUCUCCUUUCUUCCGUCUAUGAGUUAGAAACCCCAGUCAUCGACGCUCUAAAAUCAAUGUUCUCAUUCCUCAUCCAUCCCAUUGGCCCUGCAAUACCUUACUUCAAUCUCGGAGACAGUUCCUCCACAGCCACAACUUCUCAUGACCUCAACUACUUCCGAUGGCUAGACUUCCAGCUCAGUAGUUCGGCCCUGUACAUAUCCUUGGGAAGUGUUCUCUCAGUUUCGACGGCACGGACGAAAGAACUUGCAGCUGUGUUGCGUGUCAGCGGCGUUCGGUUUUUGUGGGUGGCGCGUGGAGAGACUACACAGCAUAGAGAAAUGUGUGGGGAGAUGGGGUUGGUGGUGCCUUGGUGUGAUCAAUUGAAGGUGCUGUCGCAUUCUUCUGUAGGGGGUCCUGACGCAUUGUGGGUGGAACUCCAUUGUUUAAGGCAUUUUUUGUGGGAUGCCUUUUCUGUCUUUUCCUGUGGAAUUAAUCAAGUUUCAAACAGUAAGGCAGCUGUGGAGGAUUGGAAGAUUGGAUGGAGGGUGAGGAGAGAGGAGGGAGUGGAAACUUUGGUGACAAGAGAGGAAAUUGUUGAGCUUGUGCGGAGAUUUAUGGACUUGGAAAGCGAAGAAGGAAGGAAAUGA